AUGGGAAAAGCAUUGCCAACUGAUGAUGGUUCACUUCAAAAGGAUGACUCUGCACUUGUGGUUUGCUUUGGGGAAAUGUUAAUCGAUUUUGUCCCAACUACAAGUGGGCUCUCACUGGCUGAAGCACCUGCAUUUAAGAAAGCUCCUGGUGGUGCACCUGCUAAUGUUGCUGUUGGCAUAGCUCGCCUUGGUGGUUCAUCAGCUUUUAUUGGAAAGGUUGGUGAAGAUGAAUUUGGGUACAUGCUGGCGGACAUUUUGAAGGAGAAUAAUGUGAACAAUGAAGGCAUGCGCUUUGAUCCAGGUGCCCGAACAGCCUUAGCAUUCGUCACACUGAGAAAGGAUGGGGAACGUGAGUUCAUGUUUUAUCGGAACCCUAGUGCUGAUAUGCUGCUUCAAGAAGCGGAACUUGAUUUCGAUUUAAUUAGAAAGGCAAAAAUUUUUCAUUAUGGUUCAAUAAGUUUGAUUACAGAACCCUGCAAGUCAGCCCAUAUUGCUGCAGCAAAAGCUGCAAAGGAUGCUGGUGUAAUUUUGUCUUACGAUCCCAACCUCAGGCUUCCAUUGUGGGCAUCUGCGGAGGAUGCCAGAGAAGGAAUUCUGAGCAUUUGGGAGACCGCUGAUAUUAUAAAGAUAAGUGAGGAGGAGAUUUCUUUUUUGACAAAAGGAGAAGAUCCAUUUGAUGAUGCUGUUGUUCGUAAAUUGUACCAUCCAAAUCUUAAAUUGCUUCUUGUCACAGAAGGCCCAGAGGGUUGCAGGUACUACACCAAGGAGUUCAGUGGAAGAGUGAAAGGCUUAGAAGUGGAUGCUGUGGACACUACAGGUGCUGGGGAUGCUUUUGUGGCUGGAAUAUUAUCACAACUAGCAGCUGAUGUCUCAUUGCUUCAGGAGGAGGACCGACUGAGAGAUGCUCUAAGUUUCGCCAAUGGUUGUGGCGCCUUGACUGUGAUGGAGCGAGGUGCAAUUCCAGCUUUGCCGACAAGAGCAGCAGUGCUGAAUGCCCUGCUUAAGCCAGAGGAGGACCGACUGAGAGAUGCUCUAAGUUUCGCCAAUGGUUGUGGCGCCUUGACUGUGAUGGAGCGAGGUGCAAUUCCAGCUUUGCCGACAAGAGCAGCAGUGCUGAAUGCCCUGCUUAAGCCAGUGGCGUAG